AUGACUGACAGAACACGAUCAUCAAUGCAAAAUGUAUCUUGUCUUCGUUCACAUUCAUGUCAUGAUAGUCGAGAUAAAGUUAAUCGAACAGUUAGUGAUUUACAUCGACAAACAGUUGAUCGUGCUCAACGUCGUUUUGAACAACAAUUAGCUAAAAGUGAACGUGAAGUAAAAUUAGCUAUGAAUCAACGACGUGAUUAUUCUUCAUCACCUGCUGAAAAAAUUCAAGCAACACAAUAUCUUGAACAUCUUCGAACAACACUUAAUAAUGAUUAUACACAACUUAUCCAAGUAGGCUUAUGUUCAUGA